AUGAUGCGUGGACCGAGCCUUCUUCCAGCUGACCAUUCGCAUUGUUUAGAAAACGCAUUGAGUUUCUCGCCAUUAUUGGCUCCCAACUCGAGCAGACGGUCUGAAACAUCUUUAUCGUACACUUGUGCAGACUCGACAGUCACCUCCGGGACAGAAGGCUCAAACUCGUCAGAAGAAGGGGUAACGUAUCCCACCACUAUGUUGCGAGCGCCCAAUUUCGGUCUUUCUGCCUUCUUGAUCUUGAGCAUCUGGUGGUCCGGUAAGUGGUUGCUAACCGCCUCGGCGUUGUUCUCUUCGCAUUGUGAGCAGAAAUCAAAGUCGUGGCAUUCCAAACAUUUGUAUCUGACUCCCUCGAUCUGCUUGUUGCAACCAUCACAAUGGACAUUUUUGUGCACCACCAUUUCUGGUUCCGGCGCAGUCUCUGAAGUGCCCUCCAUCUUGACCACGAUCUUGGACAGAUUGACAUCGAUCAGAUUGCUGAACGCCUUGAUAAAGUCCGAGUUGGUCAAAUUAUCGGAGAUGGAGCUGCUCAAACUCUUAAGAUUGACAUUCUCGUUGCUACUGAAAAGAUCCUCAAUUCUUUUGAGAAACUUCUGA